CCUGUGUUGUUGUUAUUGUAGUUUCCUGUCAUAGAGCCGGGAGGAGACUGUACCAUCAGUUGCAGGCAUGGGGGAGGCCGACAGGUUCUACUAUGUGUACAGCUGCGACCUGGACAUCAGUGUGCAGCUCAAGAUAGGAAGCCUGGAGGGGAAGCGGGAGCAGCGGAGCUACAAGGCGGUGCUGGAGGACCCCAUGCUGAAGUUCUCCGGGCUGUACCAGGACACGUGUUCUGAUCUCUACGUCACCUGUCAGGUCUAUGCAGAAGGGAAACCAUUAGCCCUUCCGGUGAGGACGUCAUACAAGGCAUUCAGCACCCGAUGGAACUGGAAUGAAUGGCUGAAGCUCCCGGUGAAGUACGCUGACCUACCAAGAAGUGCACAAGUGGCCCUCACUAUAUGGGACGUCUAUGGACCUGGAAAAGCGGUUCCUGUGGGGGGGACCACAGUGUCUCUGUUCGGGAAGUAUGGCAUGUUUAGGCAAGGAAUGCAUGACCUAAAAGUGUGGCCAAAUAUUGAAGCUGAUGGAUCAGAGCCGACCAAAACCCCUGGCAGAACAAGCAGCUCUUUGUCCGAAGAUCAGAUGAGCAGAUUGGCCAAGCUCACCAAGGCUCACCGGCAGGGUCACAUGGUUAAAGUGGACUGGCUGGAUCGACUGACUUUCCGAGAGAUUGAAAUGAUCAAUGAGAGUGAAAAACGAAGCUCCAACUUCAUGUAUCUGAUGGUGGAAUUUCCCUGCGUGAAAAGCGAUGACAAGGAAUACGGAAUAGUUUACUAUGAAAAGGAUGGGGAUGAGUCCACUUCAAUUUCCACCAGUGCUGAGAUUGUACGUGUUCCAGAUCCUCAGAUGUCUAUGGAAAAUCUGGUGGAGAGCAAACACCACAAACUUGCCAGAAGCCUAAGAAGUGGUCCCUCAGAUCAUGAUCUGAAGCCAAAUGCUGCUACACGGGAUCAGCUCAAUAUUAUUGUCAGCUACCCCCCAACCAAACAGCUGACGUCGGAGGAACAGGACCUGGUGUGGAAGUUCAGAUACUACCUCACAACCCAGGAGAAGGCACUGACAAAGUUCUUGAAGUGUGUCAACUGGGAUCUACCACAAGAAGCCAAACAAGCUCUGGAACUUCUAGGGAAAUGGAAACCGAUGGAUGUUGAAGACUCUUUGGAACUUCUGUCUUCUCAUUUCACAAACCCAACAGUGCGACGUUACGCUGUUGCUCGACUUCAGCAGGCAGACGAUGAGGACCUGCUGAUGUACUUAUUACAGUUAGUACAAGCUCUGAAAUAUGAAAACUUUGAUGAUAUAAAGAGUGGACUAGAGCCAACAAAGAAGGACAGUCAGGGCCCCAUGCUGGAUAGCAUGCUAACCUCUGGAGUAAAUCCUGGAGACAUCGACAGUUCACAGAUCUUGUCCAGCACGCACCCACAGUCAUCAUCUCCAGCACCUUCUUCAAAGGUCAAAGAUGGUGGGGAAGCAGAAAGUCUUGAGCAAGAUCUCUGCACCUUCCUCAUCUCCAGGGCCUGCAAGAACUCCACCUUGGCCAACUACUUGUACUGGUAUGUUAUUGUGGAAUGUGAAGACCAGGACACUCAGAUGAGAGAUCCUAAGACCCAUGAGAUGUACCUUAACGUCAUGAGACGCUUCAGUCAGGCGCUUUUAAAGGGCGAUAAGUCUGUCAGAGUGAUGCGCUCGCUGCUGGCGACACAGCAAACCUUUGUAGAUAGACUGGUUCAUCUCAUGAAGGCAGUGCAGCGUGAAAGUGGCAACCGCAAAAAAAAGAACGAGCGGCUCCAGGCUUUACUGGCAGAUAAUGAGAAGAUGAACCUCUCAGAGAUUGAACCCAUUCCUCUACCACUGGAGCCUCAGGUGAAGAUCCGAGGGAUCAUCCCAGAGAAAGCCACUCUGUUCAAGAGCGCCCUCAUGCCGGCAAAAUUGUAUUUCAAGACCGAGGAUGGAGGGAAAUAUCCAGUAAUCUUCAAGAACGGAGAUGACUUGCGGCAGGACCAGCUUAUUCUUCAGAUCAUUUCACUGAUGGAUAAGCUUUUACGGAAGGAAAAUCUAGAUCUGAAAUUAACACCUUACAAAGUUCUGGCAACGAGCACAAAGCACGGAUUCAUGCAGUUCAUUCAGUCUGUGCCUGUUGCUGAAGUUCUUGCCACAGAGGGAAGUAUACAGAACUUUUUCAGAAAGCAUGCCCCAAGUGACAAAGGUCCAUAUGGAAUAAGUGCAGAGGUCAUGGACACCUAUGUAAAAAGCUGUGCCGGAUACUGCGUCAUUACGUACAUCCUCGGUGUCGGAGACAGACAUCUGGACAACCUAUUGCUGACUAAAACAGGUAAAUUAUUUCACAUCGAUUUUGGUUACAUUUUGGGAAGAGACCCCAAGCCUCUGCCUCCUCCUAUGAAGCUGAACAAAGAGAUGGUGGAAGGAAUGGGAGGAACCCAGAGCGAGCAGUACCAGGCUUUCCGCAAACAGUGUUACACAGCGUUCCUGCACCUCCGCAGGUACUCCAACUUGAUCCUAAUCUUUUCUCCCUGAUGGUUGAUGCCAACAUACCAGACAUUGCGCUAGAGCCAGACAAGACUGUCAAAAAGGUGCAGGAUAAAUUUAGAUUGGAUCUGUCUGACGAGGAAGCCGUGCAUUACAUGCAGACGCUCAUCGACGACAGCGUCAACGCUCUCUUUGCAGCUGUGGUAGAACAAAUCCACAAGUUUGCUCAGUACUGGAGAAGAUAGAAGCAAAUAUUCUCUGCUCAUUGGAACAUGAAGCAUCCAAAACAACAAGAAAAUAUAAAAAAAAAUGACUCUGAAGAAACCAUCUCGUGCGCCGGCGAAGAAUAGUGAAGCAGCCGCUCAACGCUUACAUACAGCAACGGACAUUUAUAGAGAUAACUUUAUGUUUCACUGUCGUGGCGGAGGAGAGGGAGAAAUACUGGAGUUGUUUAUGAUCAGUUGGAGGCAGAAAGAAUUGCUGUAUAAUAAACAUUUUUUUGUACUUUUGAAAAAAUACUUUUUGCUAUAUACACGGCCACAGAAGACUAUUGUUUUCACUCAGUGAUGAGAACGAUCGGCUCGACUCAUCACCGCAAACAGUGAUAUCCAAAGAUAAUUUACAAUUGGACCCUUGGAGAUCACUUAUCCCUUAAUGGGCGCCAUUAAAUAUUAACAAGUGGCGGUCGUAAACUAGUAGAAUAUGAUGCUUUAUGUAAACAGGAAAUAUGCUGCUGCGAUCAGGAGCCGUCCACGAGGACGAGAGACAUCAUAAAUUCCGGAUAAUAUCCUAAAUGGUUAUCACUUCUCUGUUCUCUUCUCUUGCAUCCGAAGGAAAGCAGAGUCCCGGCUCUCAGCUAAAAUGUGUAUUUAUUCUCCGAAUAUAAGAUUUCAGUGUUUCAUUUCCGAGCAAUCACAUAAUACCCUAUUUCUAGGCAAUCAUAGCAACAACAAAACAAAUAAUACCCAGCCUAAUGUGGUAACGCCAGCACUCUAAUCCGUAAUCAAUGAUGCUGUUUCAUCUAUGUGGGUGCUAAAGUGUUUGCAUUGAAAUAACUGUGGCUAAAAAAUAAUAAAAA